CAACUGAGCUCAUUACAUCUGAGUGGCUCUGGGGCAAACGAAGGAUCCCUCAGUAGAUAAACACAUCCACAUUUCCUCCUUGGUUAGAGUUUUAAUAUAAGAGUUUUAUUGGCAGCCUUGUGUGAGGGAACCAGACUGAAGUGUUAUGGCUCAAUUUGACUGCACAGAUGACAGCAGCAGCAUUAUGGAUUAUCUUCACUCCUGGUUUGGUGAUGGACAUCCAGUGAUUCAUUUGAUUUCACAAUUGCAAACCACGAAGACAAGAGGGCCGCUUUCUGCAGGGUUUUCUCUGGACACUAACCCAGCGCAGGACAUUGAAGGCUUUGAUGAGAGCAGUGACUUCCUGAACCAGCUUGAGGAUUGCAGUCCUCCCACAGACAUAGCCUCAGCUAUCAGGUCUGUGUCUUUAAUGUGCACAUUGGAUUCAAAAAGAAUGCAUUGUGCACAUGUUCCCAUGCUGUUCUCAGUACCCAGAGUUGAGGAGGACGAUCCAAAUUUGUGUCCAUUAGAUGAUCAGGAUAAAAGUACAGAAGGGGCCGCAGAUGCAGCUGAGGAGGAAGUGCUGAGUGUAUCGUUCCAAUCAAAGUACAUUCCUUUUUUUCCACUGUACCAGGACUACUGUGUGCAGGCGGUGAAAGCUGAGCUGCACAGCCUGAGUGAGAUUUUUGACCCUGAACUGAUAAUCCCGCAGCGACUGCAGGGUCUGCAGUCCCCUUCUACCGCUCACUUCGGCUCUGGGGCUAGAUGUACUCAACUAAACCCUUUUGGAGCAACUCCAUCCUCUCCUCUACUUCACCCUGUCAGGGGGACUCCAUGUACACUUUGGCAAGAUCUAGAAGAGGUGAAGGCGUCUGGCCUGCUCAGCAGCUUGACAACUAGGGGGAUUCGCCUUCAGGAGUCGAUGUUUGAGUUGAUCGGCUCUGAAGCGUCUUACCUAAGGAGCCUUGGCGUUGCUGUCAAUCACUUCUAUGCGUCGAAGGCCCUAAAACAGACCGUGACUCCAAUGGAGCAUCACGUUCUGUUUUCCAACAUUGGUCUCAUUAUGGCAGCCAGUGAGAAGUUUCUUAAGGAUCUGGAAAUUCGACUGGGAGAUAAUGUGUUGAUAGCUCAGGUUGGAGACAUUGUGCUGCAGCACUGCCCCGAGUUUCACAGCCUCUAUGUGCCAUAUGUUACUGACAUGAUGUACCAAGAGACUCUUGUCAACCAGCUGCUGCAGCACAACAGACACUUUCUAUGUUCAAUCAAGAAGCUUGAGAGUGACCCAGUGUGUCAAAGACGGGGCCUGAAGUCAUUCCUUGUCCUUCCCUUCCAGAGAAUUACUCGUAUCAAACUCAUCCUUGAGCACAUCCUGAAACUGACUGAACCAGGCUCGGACUCCGUAUCAAAUCUCCAAAAAGCAAUCGAAGCCAACCAUGAGAUAGUGAUGGACUGUGACAAGGGGGUCCACAAAAAGAAACAAAUUGAGAAGCUGAUCUACCUGCAAAUGCUGCUGGAUUUUGGCAACGUUGAGGCAAUCCCUUUGGUCAUAAAUGGGCGUUUUUUGGUGCACCAGGGUCCAGUGAAACAGCUGACUGUGGGGGCCACUUACAACUCGAGAGUGUCAUUCAUCAGCAUUUACCUCCACCUCUUCAAUGACCUUUUGAUCAUGUCCUUGCCAAAGUGUUCGAGCAGAUACCAGAGCUUCACAGUUGUGGAUCAUGCUGAAUUCCCCACACAUGUGCACGUUAAGCAUGUGAAGACUGAGGCCCUGGGUCUACCCCCAGACUCCUUCCUGUUGCAUCUCUCUCGAAGUCACACCGGACACCCGACCGCCGUGAUACUGGUUGCACACACAAGGUCAGAUAAAGUGGUGUGGGUGCAGUUGCUGUCGUCUAAACAGUGAUGUAAACAUGAUUUUAAACGUCAAACUUUAGUCGUUUUAACAUGCGCAUAGUUUUGAAAAUGCAAAGAAUUUGAUAAUGUGUUCACUCUUAAGAUUUAUAGUAACGUCACUUAAUAAUCUUGAUAAAGGCACUCUAGAGCACCGCACGACACAACAUGGAGGAUUUAAACAUGCACUGAGAUCUGUCACAUUAGCACACACAGCAUGUAAGGUUUUAAUUAUUGGAUUCUUUUUUUUCUUUUAUUCAAUGUGCACAUUUUUGUAUUUGUUUUUUCAUUUGUUUUUUAAUAAAAAAACAUUUUCAGACCUUA